AUGGCACAGCGCGUCCGCUUCGCCGCCGCGGCGUCGGGCGCCGCCGCACUCGCAUAUGUCCUCUACCGCGAGAUUAGACACCUCGCAACGCGGCCACAAAAGCUCGAGGCGCUGGGCCGCGUCGGCGGGCGCUGGCAGCGAGCGGACCUGGACCGAAUGGUGCGCUGUGACCCGAAGCGGCUGCGGCGCAUGCUGCGCGCUCUAUUGCUGGGCGAAGCGCCCGAGCGCAUCUCGGACGAGCGGCUGCGCCGGGCAUUUCGCUACGCGGAGCGGCCCGACAACAUUGAUGCGACGACGGCGUCGGUCGAAAGCUACGUCGCGCUGGCCAAGAGCUGCUCGCGGGCGCUCGACGAGCCGGGCGAUAGCGGAAGUGGUCGCGGCGAGCCGGAGCUCGGGCCGGACCCGCCCUUCAGCCUGCCGCUGCCGCGCGUCGUGGCGUGGGCGCUCCGGCUGUUGGCACCCGGCGUCGCGCGCGCGUCCGACGCGUGGCUCGCCGCGCGCCGGCUGCGCCGCGUCGUCCGCGGCGGCGUCGUAUGGCUUGAAAGAGGCGGCGAGGGCACACCGUGGCUCGUGCUCCACGGCGUCGCCGGGUUGUUCUGUAGCCAGUACGACGCCUUGGCGCGGGCGCUCGGCAAGACCAGGCCCGUGCGCGUGCCGCUGCAUCCGAACCUCGGCGACGCCACUGAUUUCGAGUCGGACAGCAACCGCUCGAUCGCCGGCUUCGCGUCAUCGAUCGCCGCCGCGCUCGACGGGCCCGCCGACGUCCUCGCGGUGAGCAUCGGGACGUCGGUGGCAGCGGCGUUGAUGCGGCACGGUCAAGUUCGGAGAGCGAUUUAUGUGGAUCCCGUCGCGUUUGCCCCGUGCGGCGCCGACGCGUGGCGGCUGUUCUUCGAGCGGCCGCUCGCCGUCGCGAGAAUUCUCCGGCGGCGGCGCUUGCGCCUGGCCGGCCAGAGGAAGCCGUACUCUUUCGAGCACGAAGCUCGCGCUUUUCUAUUUGUGCCACCGGCGGCGAUUGUGGAUGUGCUGUACGCGCUCAUGUGCUGCUCUGACGUGGUUAGAGUCGUCUGCCGUGUACAUAGUUAUGGCAGGUGCACGGAAGCGUGUUUGCCGCCGCUCGUCGACGAGCGGCCGCCGACGCUCGUCCUCGUCGACGAGGACGACGCUCUAACUUGCGCGGCAGAGCACGUCGACCACGUCGAGGCCUUCCCGCGCACGACGGUCGUCCGCGCGCGCGGCUUCCACGGCACCUGGCUCCUCAACCCGCGGCUCGUCGAGGCCGUCGAGUCGUGGGCGGCUCAAGUCGACGCCGACGAGGCCGCCGUCGACGCCAUCCUCGCGCCCGCACGCUUCGGCGCGCGAUGA